AACACAAACAAGACGACCGAGCGCGACACAAAACUCACGGCGAGCCUUACAAUUAGGGGAAAAAAAAACAUUAAAUAUAUACUUCACUAUCCUACUUGCAUAAGAUAGCUGCAUAAACCAGAUAUAUCUGACUCGACUUUGUCUGUUACUGCGAAGCACAUGCGUGCAAAUCGACUAAAAUCUUGAAACAAGACUCAACUUUAAAAAAAGCUGGCUAGCUAGCCUGCUAAUGCUUGCUAGCUAGCAAGCGGGGUCAUAUUUGUUCAUCUUGCAAAAAAAGGUGAAGGCUUGUUUGUAAAAGAACCACUGAAAACGAGAGCAACCAAGAUCGGGGCCAAACGGAGGGAAGCACCCAGCAAAAGUGACAACACGGCAUCUCAAUCCCGUGCUCUUAUCAAUGCCACCACAGUUUACUCGCAGAGCACAGUCUGUUAUUCCUGGCAUACUAUUCCACUGACUUUUUUUAUGGGAUCUGUAUUAUUGGAGUAGUGUUCCCGGUUUUCCAGAGUUUUUGUCGGUUUCGAUGUUCCUCUUUGUUCCUCUGCUAUUCUUCUGAAUCUGGCAGCUACUAAUCCACUCGUCCAGAGCUCCACGUCCACCCAACACGCACACCAAAACAGCGUCUCUCAGCCCCUACUGCACUCUUCUGGCCUGUUUGUCCUGCUCCUGGUCAGUCCUUGCAUUUGGACAAGAUCCUUUGAGCCCUGAGCACGCAGAGAGUAUGACCGCUGAGACGCUAAACUUCGGCCCAGAAUGGCUCCGUGCACUAUCCAGAGGAGGGAGCGUCACAUCCCCGCCCCCUUCCCCAGCAAUGCCAAAGUCGAAGCUGGCCGAGUACCGUUACGGCCGUGAGGAGAUGUUAGCACUUUAUAUCAAAGAUAACAAGGUCCCAGAGGAUAUGCAGGAUAAGGAGUUCACUGCUAUUCUCCAGGAGGAGCCCCAGCAGCCGUUAGCCUUGUUGCCUCUGACUGAGGAGGAGCAGAGGAACUUCUCCAUGUCUGUAAACAGUGUAGCCGUGCUGAGGCUCAUGGGUAAAGGAGGCGGGACCAUUCCAGCGGGCGUGUCCCGAGGCCGCGGGAGCACCCGAGGAGGGCGCGGCAGAGGGAGAGGAGAAGGGGGCUUCUACCAAAGAGGGGGCGAUGAGGACGUGGGCUUUGGCCGCAGCAGAGAGACGCACCGCAGCCAGAGCUGGGACGACAGCCGUUUCCGUGAUCUCUUGUACGGAGUGUUUGACGUCGAGUGGUUGUUUGCGCUCUCCAGAGGCGAGCGGCGCUUCGAGAAGCCCCUCCGGAGAGAGGGUGGCCGCGGCGGGUUUGAGGAUGGCAGCUCGGGCAGCCGGAAGGACUACGCUCGCUCGGACAGCGACAACUGGCGCACUCUCCGGGAGGAGCCGCAGGAGGAGGAGGCAGGAGAGCCGGGCGGGAGCUGGAGGGUUGCGGGCGUGCGCCGUGAUGACGGUGGUCCGCGCUCGGCCGGUUGGAGAGACCACGGAAGCGGGGAGGGGCGGCGGCGGAAGUUUGACUUUGAUUUCCGGGACGGAGACGUAGGGCGGAGGAGGGCGGGCAGCGAGGGAGGAGAGGAGGACAGGGAUGGGCUGCCGGAGUGGUGCACGGACGAGGAGGAGGGUGAGAUGGGCACCUUCGACUCGUCGGGCGCCUUCAUGUGCGUGAAGAAGGCCUCGAGAGACGCCAUCCGCGAGGACCAGGAGCUGGGGUUCGAGCCCUUGGAGGAGGAAGAGGACACCAUCCAGGAGAAGAAGGACAGCCCUGCUGAGAAAGAGGAGACGGCCGCCACGGGACUGGCCAACGGCGGAGACGCGAAACCCGCUUCUCCGCCUGCAGACUCCGCCCCUGCCCCCGCUCGCCCCACGGAGAAGAGCACGCCUCCAACCCCUAUCCUGAUCUCAUCGAAGCCCAGUCUCCAGUCUGCUGAAGAUGCGUCUCCGGCAGCGGGCAGCGCUCAGCCCAGCAAGAGCUCCUCUGCUGCUGGCACGUCCCCUCUCUCUGCCGCCGGUCCUGACCUCCCGCCACCAGGGGGAGACACAGAAGAGGACGAGGGCAUGAAGCACCUUCAGCAGGAAGCUGAGAAGUUGGUCGCCUCUCUGCAGGACACGUCUCUGGACGAGGAGUGUUUCGCACAAGCCCUUCAGGAUGGCCACGGCCCUGCCACUCUCACACACACCCACACACACCCGGCCGUGCAUACACACUCCCACCCACCCACACACACUCUUUCUCACUCCGCCAAUGCCCUGCCACUCACACACGAGUCCGCAAUGAAGUGGUUCUACAAAGACCCCCAAGGAGAGAUACAAGGGCCCUUCAGUCCCGUGGAGAUGUGCGAGUGGUUCCAGGCGGGUUAUUUCAUCAUGACCCUCCUGGUGAAGAGGGGCUGUGACGAGGGCUUCCAGCCUCUAGGAGACGUCAUCAAGAUGUGGGGGCGUGUGCCUUUCUCCCCAGGCCCCUCCCCCCCUCCCCUUUUGGGUAACAUGGACCAGGAACUGGUGAAGAAGCAGUUGGAGCAGGCAGCCACUGCUGCCCUCUACCAGCAACUGCACAUGAGGUUCCAGCAUCUCAACAGGUGUGGGGAGUCAGGCAUGAUGCCUGCGAUGAACAGGUCUGUGUCUAUGCCGGAGACCGGCCCCGUGUGGGACAUGCAUACCUCAUCCUCACAGCAGCCAGGUGGCGAGUCUGGUCUGUGGGAUCUAGCCAUGAGUAACUCACCUCAGGGUCCAACUCUCGAGCAGCUGCAGAAACUCCAGGAGCGGCGUGAAGCUGAACUCAGGGUGAAGCGGGAGGAAGAGGAGCGUAAGCGUCGAGAGGAGAAGAGGAGGCAGCAGCAGGAGGAGCAGAAGAGGAGAGAGGAGGAGGAGCUCUAUCGGCGCAAACAGCAGUGCCGUCAGCAGCAGGAGCUUAUCAUGAAGCUGCUCCAGCAAAGCCACCAUCAGCAGGGGGUAGGGCAAAGCGGGGCUGGCUGGGGCUCCGCCCAGGAGGCGGGGUUUCCUCACAAGGCCCAGGGUAAGAAUCUGGCCCUGCUGGAGCUGGAGGCUGAAAGACUCCACAAGCAGCAGCAGCAGCAGAGAGCCCAGCAGCAGAGGCUGGCGAUGGGGCAGUGGCCAGAGAGCUCUGUGGGGGUGUGGCCAGGGGUGGGUAUGGAGAGCAAGAUUGGCAGUGCCAGUGCAGCUGGUAUGGGCAUGUGGGAGGAGGCGGUAAAGACCCAAAGCAACCACCGCAACGUGGGCAUGAAGAGCAGCCUUAGCAGCCCCUCCCUCAGUGAGCAGUUCUUGCUGAAUCGUAGGAAGCGAAAUGAGGAAGAGGAGCGUCUGUUGAAGCUCUUGCAGGGGAUGAAACCUCAGGACGGCUUCACCACGUGGUGCGAACAGAUGCUGCAUGCUCUUAACACCUCUGCCAACAACUCCUCCUCCUCUCUGGAUGUAGCCACGGUGGUGUCAUAUCUGAAGGAGGUGGAGUCACCUUAUGUGGUGCACGACUUCAUUCGCUCAUACCUGGGCGACACCGUCGAAGCCAAAGAGUUCGCCAAGCAGUUCCUGGAACGCCGUGCCAAGCAGAAAGCCAACCACCAGAGACAGCAACAGCAGUCCGUGUUCCAGUCAGCCCAUGUGAGUAAAAGUGGCAGCAUGUACGACAGCCAGGGGGGGAAGAUGAAAAAGAAGCCCAUGAUGCUCCACUCUGACCCCAGCAUUCUGGGCUACUCCUUCCUGGGGGCAGGCGAGCGCAUGAUGCUGGGCGAGAUGGAGGCAGUGGAGGAUUACUGAUCCAGCAGCACCUACUUGAGUCUACCUGAGGCCUUAACCUGGAGCAAACUAGCAUAUGAAUGUGCACUGCUCAGCAGAGAGGGGGCUACCCACACAUCGUGUCUCUCACUCUCUCCCCAUUUACCUAGAGAAGGGUGGCGUGAGAGACAGAGAGAUGGUUUGCAGAGAGCCCUCUCACUCCAUAUGCACCUUAACUAAGCUAUUGCACUUUAUUACAAGAGUUUCAAUAUUUCACAUGGAGUUUUGUCUGGUUUGGGGGGGGGGGGGGUUGUUGUUGUUUUUGUUUUGUUUUUACAGUAUGAAAACGUGUGAAUAUAUUGAUGCAUAUAUUGUGUAAAAUAUUUGUAUCCAAAUGUGUGUGUGUGUGUGUGUGUGUGUGUGUAAGAGAGAGAGAGAGUGCGUGUUCUCUUGACUGGAGAGCAUUUAGAGUGUCUCUGUUAGGCACAGCCCUGAGGCUGUAGGGCAGAAUGCAGUUGGGUUGGUUUUGUUUGUUUGUUUGUGUUUGGGGUUUUUGUUUGUUUGUUUGUUUGUUUUUCACUUUCCUGGAAGAA